CAUCAACGCCAAUUCUCCAAUUUCUUCCGCUCCGGAUAACCUCAUCACGGCCACCCUCAACCCCCGCGACCUCUUGCGCCCCAACCUCCGCCGAUUCCCCACUCGACCAUCCUGCUCCAGCCACUUGUGAUCACACAUAUCGAUCGAGCGCAGGCCUCAUUACGAUGCGGCGGGCGCCCCCCCGGCAGGUCGGCUUCGUGUGCGACUCCUAUGCCUUCACCAGGGUCCACGGCCGCUUGGCCGCAACGCAACCGCUCUUUCUCAGCAGAGUCGCCGGCUCACGAGCCCAAUCAGCUUCUACGCCACCAUCAUGGGGCCCAAUCGCUCCCCGGUGGUCCUCGACCGCCGCCGCCGCCGCAACAGGAACUUCGCCCGCUGCUGCCAGCUCCGAGGUGGCCUCCAGACGCCCUUCGGCGGCCUCGGCCCCCUCGCCUCCCCAGAUCACCGACCCGCGCGAGCUCGCCAACGUCGUCGAGGAUAGCCGCAACAAAUUCCUCUCCGUCGACGGCAUCCCCGCGCAGCAGCUCACCACCGCCGCCCUGCAGUCGUGCCUGCGCGCCGCCGCCGCCCUGCACCCCCAGCUCAAGCGCGCCGAGGCACAGUCCAAGGCGUCAGCCUCGCGCCUCGUCGCCCUCGGCGCCGAGCGCACCGGUACCCGGCUCCCCAUCGACGCCAAGCUGCAGGACGCCGUCAACCGGAUAUCCUACGCGGCCUACAACAUCAUCAGCCACCCCAACGUCGAGAUGACGCCCGAGUUUCUCGAGCUCUACGUCCAGGUCCAGUCUCAGCUCGGCCGCCCCGAGUCCCUCCCCUCGGUCCUUGAGCUCUACGCCUCGAAGCCAAAGCCCGUCGUCAAGAAUGGCCAGAUCGAAUACGUCCCGCAGAGCCCCAACGCCGCCGCGCGUGCCAUCGAGGUCGGCGUGGCCGAGGCCGCGCUGCAGACCGCCGUCGAAGCCAAGAACCUCGACGCCGCCCUCGGCAUCGUCGAGGCCGCAUACUGCGUCCCCGCCUUCAAGCGCCAGAAGCUCAUCAAGAACGCGACCGCCCCGGCCAUCGGCCUGGCCACGCUCCCCUUUGGCAUCUUCGGCCUCUCCACAGCCUACGCCUCCUACUGGCAAAACACCAUGGACGUCACCACCGCCACAGGCAUCGGCGUCGCGGGAAUUUCUGGCUAUUUCUUCGUCGUUGGCUCGCUGGGUCUCAUUGCCAAGCUCAGCAACAAGGACCAGAUGCGGCGCGUCACCUGGGCGCCCGGCACGCCCUUGCGGUACCGCUGGCUGCGCGAGGACGAGCGGCGGGCGCUCGACAAGGUGGCAUGCGCGUGGGGCUUCCAAGAGCCGUGGCGACAUGGCGAGGAGACGGGUCCUGAGUGGGAAGGCCUGAGGGAGUACAUGGGCUAUAGAGGAAUGUUGCUCGACCGCGUCGAGUUCAUGGAGGGCAUGAGUUAGCGGAGGGAGUUGGCUGCAUAUUCCUAUCCCAGCCCCAAGCGGCACUGUAUCAUAAAGUUGUGCAUACGCGUGCAUAUAUACACAUACCCCAUACUUCGUACUUCACAAAGCCGCUACAGUCUCGAGAGAUGUGUACAGCAGCCUUUUUGUUACCACUAGGUAUGUAUAGGUCAAUUGCAUCCGCCUG